CAUCUGCAAUGCUAUCCAGCUCAAAACCAUGUCCUAAUAAAAAAUCUCCUACUUGGAUUUCAGAUGGUUGCAGUAGCCUGCUUGAGCUGGUUGCCAGUUCUGAUCUCACCAACAAAGAUGAAGCCAAGGCUCUCUGACUCUGGCAACAGUAGAUGAGAAGGAAGUUCCAGUCCUGACAGCAUUCAUGAACAAUUCAGAUGGAAGCCUGCAAAGUUCAACUUGUCAGUCAACCCUGAGCUGAAUCCAGCUAAAGAUGGCCACUGUGAACUUAGUCUUCUUCCCCAUAGCCUUUACCACCAUCAUCUAUCUCUAAAUCUGUUCUUCAUCCAUAUAUAAUCCAAUGUUCAUGAAUGUUGCAUCUGGAGCAACCCAUAAUUGGAGAAGCACAUCCUGAUGUGACUUCCUCCAAUGAGCUUUUGCCACUGUUGGUGUCAGAAUGCAUGUGGUUGGCUGCUUGGGCUGGAGCGGAUCUAACACAAAUCCAACCAAAGUUCCCUGUUCCUUAUUUUACUAUGGUGUGAUUGGUCCCAUCGAACCCAAAACUAUUCGUCUCCUUUCCACCAUCUGUGCAUCUUCUCUUGCUUCUUGUCUUGUCUGUAAGCUGAUCCAGUGUGGUGAGAACAGUAAAAAUUUCUUGGGUAACAGAGGCUGAUGAUUGAACGGAUUGAGGUUAUCUGAGAGAUAGCAAUGGCUCACUUGUCAUUGAAUAGAUAGCAACAGCCCACUUGUUGUGACCAUGAAAUGGGUGAUGAGGAGGUGAGGGUGUCGAGGGGGGAGGGAUCUUCUUGAGCCUGCCCAACUCUGGCUGUCACUGUCUCUGCUGCCAUGACAACAACGCAGGAAUCGAAGACAACUUUCCCUCCUUUCAGGGUUCCAUCUCUUAGCGCAUGCGAUCGAGCUGCUCGUGUGAUGGAUUGGAAUGCGAACGCGUCCUUGCUGUGGGAUUGGGACAACCACGCGCCAUUUGGUGGGAAUUACAAGUUGUCUGCCGCCGCCGCCGCCGCCGGCGGCGGUGGCGCUUCCUCUGGCUCUGAAUUGGUGAAUGGUUCCUCGUCCAAGAGCACCAUCUCUGCUUCCUUCGAUUCCUCGCCGAAGGCAGGAAAGCGACCUGGGUGGGACGCUGACCCGAAGAAUCACGGCAAGAACAGAACUUUACUGGAAGCUGGUUCUUCCCCAGCUGUAGCGCAGACGCAUGGAUUGGAGGAGUCACAAAUAGGGUUGAAGCUUGGUAAGAGAACCUACUUCGAGGAUGUCUCAGCUGAGAGUACCGCGAAGAACCCCUUGCCCUCUUUGGAUUCUGCAGCGGCACCUUCUGCUCUGGUCAAGAAGGCGAGAGUGUCUUAUCAGAGUGCACAUAGUACCUGCUGCCAAGUUGAAGGUUGCAAUAUCGAUCUUAGUGGAGCCAAGGAGUAUCACCGGAAGCACAGGGUCUGUGAAACGCAUUCCAAAUUCCCCAAGGUCAUCGUCGCCGGUCAGGAGCGCCGGUUUUGUCAGCAGUGUAGCAGGUUCCAUGAUUUGUCGGAGUUUGAUCAGAAAAAGAGAAGUUGUCGAAGGCGUUUAUCUGAUCAUAAUGCACGACGUCGCAAGCCACGACCAAACAUAAUCUCCUUCAAUUCAACGACCUUUUCUCCAUCGGUUUACAAUGAUAAAUAUCAGAUGAACAUGCUAUGGAAUAAAUCUCCUUUUGGUCACAUGAAACCAGUGGCAACCACCACAAGUGAAGCUUCUCAAAAAUUCAAGCUUGCACAAAUGAGAGGAUCAUGGGUGAAAUCAAGCAAAGAAAGCAGCAUGUAUGGGCAGCUGCAUAUGCCAGACACUCAGCUACCAAAUGGCUUUACUGCACUUUAUCAUGAUGUAGACAAGCCCUUGCCACUCAAAGGCACUGCCGCCGAAGUACUCAAUCAAGGUUCAGAGGCAUCUGCAGGAGCUUCGAACUUGGACAGAGCACCAGAUCUUCGGCGUGCUCUCUCUCUUCUGUCAACCAGUUCUUGGGGUUCUCCCGACCCAAGAGGCAACGGACAAACUCCUUUCAUUAUCAUGGAUGCUAAGCAUGCCAGUUCGGCACAGCCCACUGUACCUGUCGCGAAUCCCUCAAAUCACUGGAUCUACGGAGAGCCUGUAUCUCAACAAGCUCAACCACUCCUGUUUAGCAUGCACAGAAAUGGCAACCAGACCCAGGAGUUUCAGCUGCCAAAAGCCCCUUAUAGGGAUACUUUCUUUGACCCCACUCAGAUUUACUGAUGUCGAGAAGUCAUUCGACCAACUGCAGAUUUAAGAUCAAUGGUUGGUUUUCUAUCUCGACGUGCUGUUGCCAGGAUACUUUGGAUGCCAGUCUUGCAUUAGAUUUUUAGCUCCAGCUGCUGCUCCAUUGUGAAGAACAGCAUUAUGGGUUGACCUCAAUUGUUGAUCAUGCACAACAGGCAGUAGUGGAUGUAAGAAGAUGGUCUGUGUUAUGUUAAUUAGUAUAUGACUCCUAUGCCUUUCCCAGACAAUGGAUUUGGGAGACUUUGCAAGGUUUAGGAGGGUGUGCUGUGUUGUUUCUUUCACUUUUGGUAUGCUCUGGUACUGAUCUAUAGCAAGACUUCCUUUAGAUAUAUCUUUGCACCAGUGUUGGUGAUUCUGGUGCCUGCCUAAC